GAAAUAAUUCUGUCAUUGAGCCGCUGGAUGGCAUGGUUCACGUGUGUGAAGGGGAAGACAGCAGGUUUAAAUGCAUUACUUUGCUUUGGAAAAAAAGAACACAAUUAUUUUCUGAGACACGUGUAUCGGAACAAAAACGUGAGUGUUCGAACUCUGGGAACGAUACGGACAGCGCUAAAUGUCUCCUUUAUACACUUGAAGUUCUCAAAACAACAGCCCUACACUGCAGUACACGCCAUGGAGACUAAAGAUGCCACCGUUGAAGAAGAAAGCUGUGAUACGGACAGCACUGUUAAAACAAACUGCGGUAAACGUAAAAACGAGGAGACGGAUGAGGCAGCCAAACAAGGCAACCGCAAGAAGCAAAAGAAGUGUGGAAAACAGCUGCGUCGCGGAGAGCGGUACGUGCCUCCUCCACAGAAACGCAACCCGGGUGUGAGUUUCAGCCAAGAACAUUUUGCGGAAACCUCCUACUAUUUUGAAGGUGGUCUUCGCAAAGUGUAUCCUUACUAUUUUGACUUUACGACUUACUGUAAGGGACGCUGGAUUGGUAAAACACUAUUAGAGGUUUUUAAGAAUGAAUUCCGGGCGGAGUCUAUGGACUACUACAAUAAGGCUGUCAAAGAGGGGCGUAUAAAAUUGAAUGGAACACCUGUGGAUGAUCUGAAUAUAAUAUUGAAGAACAAUGACUUUAUGAGGAACACAGUGCAUCGUCAUGAGCCCCCUGUGAUUGGGAAGCCCUUGGAGGUUCUGGUGGAUGAUGGUGAAGUUGUGGUGGUGGAUAAACCCGCCUCACUUCCUGUGCAUCCCUGUGGGCGCUACCGUCACAAUACUGUCAUUUUCAUUCUGGGAAAGGAGAAAGGCCUUAGUGGACUCCACACAGUACAUCGACUGGACCGCCUCACCUCAGGUGUGCUGCUGUUUGCUCGUACACUCGAGGUCUCCAAAAAACUGGAUGCGAUGGUUCGUGAGAGACAGCUGGAGAAGGAGUAUGUGUGUCGUGUGGAAGGGGAGUUUCCCGAGGGCGAGGUGGUGUGUGAGGAGCCCAUCUUGGUAGUAUCCUUCCGGGUGGGCCUCUGUAGGGUUGAUCCCAAAGGCAAAGAGUCCCGCACAGUUUUCCAGAGACUGAGCUAUAACGGGCGCUCUAGUGUGGUCCGCUGUCUGCCUCUCACAGGACGCACUCACCAGAUUCGCGUUCAUCUUCAGUUCCUCGGCUUUCCGAUCCUCAACGAUCCCAUCUAUGGGUCUUCUGCAUGGGGUCCAAAUAGAGCCAAAGGAGGGCUGGUAGGUAUGAGCGAUGAAGAGCUUCUACAGGCUCUUAUAGAAGAGCACCGUUCAAAGGAGAGUCUACACUUGUUGGAUUUGCCUGAUGAAGAGGUCUCGGGAAAGCAAGGGCCGAUGACAAAGUGUCAAGAACACAAUGACCAAAUAACUGCACCUGAGUCGAGUGGUGUUGCGUGUGAUGACGGUUCCUGUAAACUGACACAGGAAGAAGUGAAGGAAGAAGGUAGUCAAGAACUUCACAAGAGCACAUCUGCUGCUGGGAUUGAAGGUGAAACAAAUGGUGGUCAUGAUGAAAAGGAAUCAGUAUCAGAUGUAGCCUCCAGAACUGCAAAUUCGAAUGCCUUUGUUAGAGAUAAUUUAUGUGGCGAGUGUAAAAUUGUGCGACCCGACCCAACGGAGAAGGAUUUGGUCAUGUUCCUACAUGCAUUACGAUACAAAGGACCUGACUUUGAAUACUCCACCCAAAUGCCUGACUGGGCCAAAGAAGACUGGGUUCAGGAUUAAACUAAAAUCAGAUGCAUUCAUGCAUCAUUUGUUACCUGGUAUUACAGCACGUGUUUACAAAGAUAGGGUUAUUAAAAAUCCCUUUGAUUACUGAAUAUAUUCUUAGUGAAUUCAAAAUUACUUUUAAAUUUCUUUUAAUUUAAGAUUUAUGGAUUUAUAAGUCAAUACUGUAUUUCAGUUCCUUUUAUUUGACAACAUCUCAUCUGACAUAAGCAUAUAGCAAUAAAAGAGUUUUGUUUUUUGGAACAAAAAUAAAACGUUUUUUAACAUAAUUUCUUCCUUUUUUAUGAUUCAGUAAUAGUAGGUGAGAGUAAUUUUAAUUUAAACGGGCCAUGCAAAAUACCACGUUAUGCAUAAAAAGGAAGCUAAAGUUUUUCAUUGUCUUAUGUAGUCAGGUUUCAACCUGCUUAUGAAUUAAAAUCCACCCAAGAAAGUCAGAAAUGGAUUGCAGUGUUAACUCAAUUAAAAAUAUUUUUAUUUUUAAUGAUCUUCUUCAUCAUAGUUUAUCUUCAGACAACUUCAAAUCUGACUUUACGCACAGGCUAUCGACAACAGUAGUUCCACACCAACAGGUUUUAUAAUACAGCUGCAUAUUUUCAGGGAGAAAAAAAGCUUUUUGGCACAAAUCAUUCUUACAUUUUGGCACUUUGUAUUUUAAGAUGCUUUGACGAUGUCAAGUGCACAUCCGCUGGCCUUAAUGGAGUAACAUUAAAUUAAUCUGAAUAUAAAAAGGAACAUCAUUCUGCAGUAUAACUGACAUUUGCUAAGAUUCCAGUUUCAUAAAGGAUUGACAUCUUUGUGCACAUCACAAAACACCACUUUUUACAUACAACCUUUUGCAUUCUAAAUAAUGCAUAUCUUU